GUGAACCGUCCCUUUAAAUCAGACUUUCAGUCAAAAACACCUUUGAACGACUUCAAAAUACUUAUAUAUUUCUAUUUUUGUUAGCCUAUGUAGUUUUGACCCACGUGACAAUGUUGAUGUCACGUGACACCAAGCCAUGUCAUGUGACUGACACGAGCGCUGUACAGUGGUAUUAGCGAGCUCUCGUUAGCACAACGAUAGAAGAGUUUAGCUAGGUAGAAUUUGUUCACUCAUGUUGAACAGUAAACAUUUACGAUACUCCAUAAAACAACGUCUUCAUAGUUGUGAUGCAUUAAACGGCUUUAAAGUGCUAGUGUUGUCUGAGCUAGGCCUCGGUUGUAUUGUAACGCUUAACUGCUCUGCAAAUGAAACUAUGGAGAACGACACAAAAUGUAAACAAUGUUGUUAAACUUCUCUUGGGAUUAAUCUGAAAAUUUUAGGGACCGACUCAACUGUGAUUCAUGUCGCUUGCUAAAUCGUUUGAUCGGGAAUUUCAGAAUGAACGGACACUGUACCUUACAGGCGCACAGCAAAAUGACCUGAAAAGACAAAACUUGUUAGAGAGACUUCUUGAUGCAGUUAAGCAGUGCCAAAUUCGCUUUGGUGGCAGGAAGGAGAUUGCCUCAGAUUCUGAUAGCAGAGUCAUAUGCCUGUGUGCCCAGUUUGAAGCAGUACUUCAGCACGGCUUGAGGAAGAGUCGCGGUUUAGCCCUUACAGCAGCUGCCAUUAAACAUGCUGCUGGAUUUAGCAGCAAAACUGAAGCAGAGCUGACAUUCUGGUUUUAUGUGAAGGAGCACCUCAACCGUCAUGAGUUGCAGCGCUUCUACUCUCUGCGGAAUAUCACAUCUGAGCUGGGCCGGGGCAGGGCAUGGCUUCGUUGUGCCCUGAACGAACACUCGCUAGAGCGUUAUCUGCACAUGCUGCUUGCAGAUAAUGCCCGCCUUAGUGCCUUCUAUGAAGACUGGGCUUUUGUCCUGGAUGAGGAGAGAGCCAGUAUGCUGCCCACUAUGGCUGCAGGGCUCAAUUCCAUCCUGUUUGCCAUCAACAUUGACAACACGGACCUAAAUGGCCAGGCCCGCGGGGGGUCGUCUGUCUCCCACCUGCUUAAAGAGUCCACACAGGGCAUGAGCAGUUUGUGGAAAGAAUCUACUCAAGGUGUCAGCACACUUCUGCGUGAAAUUGGUACUGCCACUGCAGUGGUUCCUGGUUUCAUCCCUCGCUCGGAUGCUCCAUCAGACCCACUGCCUGUCUUGCCCCGCAGCACUUCUGCAGAUUCCGGUUUAAGAAAAGAGCGUAGACGUAAAAAGAAGAUCACAAACAUCAUCUCUUUUGACGAUGACAUGGGUGCGGAAGAUGAGGACGAGGCUGGCGAGGAUGUUGUGAGGAGUCUCAGGAAGAGUACGGGUGGUCACGUAAGUUCCGAGGAGGCUCUGGAUCCUCCGGACUCUGCCUCUCCCGUUCAUAACGGCCUGACCGAGCCUGGGAUUGUGAGCUGGGCUGAAACACCUCCACAGAAUGGAGUGCUGCCCGAUACCAAGAGCAUUGACAAUGAGGAGGAGGAAGAGGAUGACAGUUAUGGAAAAAGUAGGCAGGUGCCCCCAGAAGAGGAUCAUGGGAAUGGGGAGCGGAUGGUUGUGGGGAGUUUAUCCAGUGUUUCUACAUGGAGUCCAAGGCAAGUCAUCACAGACAAUGACAAUGACAACUCGCACAUUUUCAUACCUCUGGCCUCCAGCGAGCCCUACACACACCAAGCUGGUAGUUCAGUUGAGAAUGUUGAUUUUCAUGGACAGAAGGAGAGCUCAAGCCCACCAACUGACAGUGAAAAACGAAGCCAACUCCAAUUUAGCAUGGAGCCCGACUCACCGGCACAGAUUGCUCCUUUGACCGGUGUUCUGCCGACCCCUGGCCUUCCUGAGUCCAUGACCAUUGCUGAACUGCGUCAAGCCAUUGUGGCCAUGAUGAACAGGAAAGAUGAACUCACUGAGCAGAACACGUCUCUGCGCAGUCUCCUGGAUGGAGAGAUGGAGCACUCUGCUGGACUCAGGCAGGAGGUGGACAGCUUGAAGAAGAGACUUGCUGAGCUAGAGGAGAGACAUGCGGCCAAAGUCCAAGCUCUCAUGAGAGAGAAUGAGGUUCUGAAGGUUCAGCUGAAGAAGUAUGUUGGAGCUGUCCAAAUGCUGAAAAGGGAAGGCAGCCAAGGCAAUGACGCAUUGACCAUUCAACGGAAUUGUGAUGGUCCCCCUCCAGCCCCCCAAAACCGGUCCGUGGCUGAUAUAGAGGAACUGGCUGCCAACUAUGAGCGUAAACUCAUCGAGGUUGCUGAGAUGCACGGAGAGCUGAUUGAGUUUAACGAGAGGCUGUACCGCUCCCUCAUGGCCAAAGACAACCUGAUCGGACAGAUGAGGCAGGAACUCAUCGACCUGCGUGGCCCAGUGCCAGGGGACCUGAGCCAGACCUCUGACGAUCCCAGCCUAUCUGACUUUGAGACAACUCAACGUGCCCUUGUCAACGUGUGGAUCCCCUCUGUGUUCCUUCAAGGUCGGGCUGCCAACGCCUAUCAUGUAUAUCAGGUGUACAUUCGAAUUCUGGACAAUGAGUGGAAUGUGUACCGGCGCUAUGCUGAGUUCAGGACGCUGCACAAUUACCUGCGGCCGCAAUUCCCACAAGUCGACACGUUCAAUUUCCCACCUAAAAAAGCCAUCGGCAACAAGGAUGCCAAGUUUGUAGAGGAGAGGAGGAAACAGCUGCAGUCGUACCUUCGUAUGGUGAUGAAUAAACUGAUCCAGACACUGCCUGAAUUCACUGCCCAGCCCACAAAGGAGACCUUACUGCAUUUACUGCCUUUCUGCCAGGACAGCCCGACGGCCAAUGAAAGUGGAGCCAAAACUGCCCGAUCCAAAGCCUCCAGCCGCUUUCCCAGACUAGGCCGCAACUCGGGCCGUGAAUCCCGGAAUCCUGAACCCCAAAGCGGUGACCUUUAACCUCUGAGCGCAAUCCUCAGAACUCGUCAGUAUUGAUGUACUGAGCCCGGGACCUUUUCUUCUAUUAUGGAUGUACAUACCGCCACUGUUGGCAACUAGCUGGGACGAUUAACUAAAUCAGCAGAGUUGCAGGAGAAUGCGGCAGAAUGUUCAGUUACUAUUGUGCCUAGUGAUUUAUAACAGAUACGUGAAACUUUUAUGAGACUGCGAUGAGAAUUGUGUGAUCGUCUGGAAAAUAUUUGCACAUCUUUAUAUGAUUUGACAGCGACACAUGGGACUCACUUUUAUUUUUUUUUCUAUAGGUUUUGUUACCAUGCUCUGCUAUGUAUGAGGCACAAGGCUAAUGUAAUUGUAUUGUGACUGCACUUAUAAUACAUAAACAAAACAAUCUCUUUCCACCUUCCUGUCCACAAUAAAUCAGGAAAACGUAUAUCAGAUUUUAGAAGAAUGUCUGGUGAUGGUCAGAACACGAUGAAGCCCUUCUAAAGUGUUAAACGGGUAUGUCUAGCCCUUGUUUGUCUGUCCCUGAAAACCUUUCAUUGGAAAUUUCCCGGGCUGCCAUUAUCCUGUAUGACCUCGAGAGUACUGUUACAGAGAAACUGCCGUGGGUGGGGCGUAUCGCAUUGUGUGGACUAAACAGAAGAGAAUUUUGUAGCGGGGAAGCCUCCACUGAAUGAACGAGCGGAUCAUUUUGUCCUAUUUUAACUACAAGCACGAUGAUUGGACAUCAUUUCUAAUAAAUAGUAUUUAUGAUUUUUAACAUGUUGUAAUGUAUAUGGGGAUCAUAGACAAGAACCAUGAUGUGUUUAAAUGAAUAAAUAGUCCACUAUCAAAUUGAAUGUGAUGUAGAAUUGCCAUCAGAUUCUGUUAAGCUGUAACAUACAGUAGCAGAUCAUUUGUGUGCUUUGCAUAUGUGUCUGUUUGCAACCUUUUGUACUAGUAAGCAACUGUAUAUGAUGAUUUUUCUUAAACAGAGUAUCUUUCUGUCCCAAAUGUGACAGGAAGCAGCUGUUUUUGCAGCCUUAGUAAAAGAGCUUAAUGAAUACAUGAAUAAAUGCAAGUACCAACACACAA